AUCCAUUGCCAGAGCCUAUGUUACUGGUGGAUCCAUUGCCAGAGCCUAUGUUACUGGUGGAUCCAUUGCCAGAGCCUAUGUUACUGGUGGAUCCAUUACCAGAGCCUAUGUUACUGGUGGAUCCUUUGCCAGAGCGUGUGUUACUGGUGGAUCCAUUGCCAGAGGUUUUGGAACCAGUGCCUUUGGUAGAGGUGAAAGCAGAGGCGCAGGACGGAUCCAGGCGGUCAUCGACCUCUUCUUCAUCCUCUUCCUCCUUUGGUGAUCCAUGCGACGACCCGCCGAUCCAGCCGAGGAUCCAGGAGGUGGAGGAGGAUAAAACCGAGCACAAAACUGCUGACAUCGAGCCGGUGGAGUGUGUCGACUACACCCUGACAACUCUGGAGGCCGUCACUCUGGAGGAGAGCAGCGCUGCACCUGAACCUGCUGAAGCCACCGGUCACCCCGACAUCGCUCUGUUCGUCAAGGCUGGCAGUGAUGGAGAGAGCAUCGGCAACUGUCCCUUCUCUCAGCGUCUCUUCAUGAUCCUGUGGCUCAAAGGAGUCGUGUUCAACGUCACCACCGUCGACCUCAAGAGAAAACCAGCAGAUUUGCACAACCUGGCCCCGGGGACGCACCCGCCCUUCCUCACCUUCAACGGAGAGGUCAAGACUGACAUCAACAAGAUUGAGGAGUUCCUUGAGGAAGUGCUCUGUCCUCCAAAGUAUCCCAAACUGGCCGCCAAGCAGAGAGAGUCCAACACAGCUGGAAAUGACAUCUUCGCCAAGUUCUCAGCCUACAUCAAGAACACCAAACCAGAGGCCAAUGCUGUCCUAGAGAAAGGUUUAACCAAAGCCCUGAAGAAGCUGGAUGAGUACCUGAACAGCCCGCUGCCAGAUGAGAUUGAUGCAGACAGCAUGGAAGAGGAGAAGAGCUCCAUCCGGUGCUUUCUGGACGGGAAUGAGCUCACUCUCUCUGACUGCAACCUGCUGCCUAAACUGCACAUAGUCAAGGUUGUCGCUAAGAAGUACCGCAACUACGACAUCCCGUCGGACAUGACGGGCGUGUGGCGGUAUCUGAAGAGCGCCUACAAACGUGACGAGUUCACCAACACCUGUGCUGCUGACUCUGAGAUAGAGACCGCCUACAAGGACGUGGCAAAGAGACUGGCCAAGUAACUCGCCAAGCAAGAGUGAAAAAUGAAAAGUGAAAACUAGCAGCACAAGACGAGAGAAAACACCACUGUCACACAUUACGUACACAUGAAUUUCCUUUUAGAGUCUCUUUCAGUGACGCUGUCUGUCGUCGGGUGUCUCAUGCAGCUCUGUACCACCGCGUGCAUUAUGGAUAUAUACAUAACACUGGAAAUACAGAAACAGACACGUCAAGCAGAGUAUAAAUCAAUCCCCGAAAACUUCAUUCGCGACUUUUUAAACCCGAUGUUGCUGCCGUGAAACUUCUGACAUAACCAUUUCCACUCGAACGCGAUUGUGUCUGUCUGUGUUCAUUUCUCACAACACAAGGCUCUCUUUCAUACGUACUCCACUGGCCCGCACGGCCAAACAUUUUACUAGUUGCUGAUGUCAGGGUUGUUCACUUUAUUUAUUCCAAAGCCGACAGAAGUCUAGUCUGACUGCAGUGUUUAUUGUCAUGCUCUGGCUCCUGGGGGAGACACCUUUGAUUCACAUGUGAUUGAUGCUUCUGAUUGUUUGCUGAAUAUGACUUUUGCAGAUCCAUCCUGACUGUCACUCAUCACUAUGGGGUUGUGUUGUUAGGCUUUCCUUAUAAAUGCACUCCUGCUUCUAAAGAGGUUGUUUUUUUUAAGAAGGGCUGAUUUGAGAAAAUGAGAUGAUCUGGUUAAUGACUCUGGAGUGAGGAUUAGCGGCUCUGUCUGCUUGCAUGCACAAAUCUGUUUUAAAUUCUAAUAUUCAAACGUGAUCUUGUUAUGAUAUGAAAACUCCUCGAUGAAUGUGUGCCUUAAUUUGAAAGUAUCCAAAGUCCAUGCCAAUGUCAAUGAUGGACUCAUUCUAAAAAAUGUAUCGCAGCCAGAGCUGAGAUGUUUGUUUUGCCUCCAGCUAUUAGUGUUCACUCUAGCUAUUGAUUUCGUCUCAAGUUUCAGAUGAUAUUAUGAAUGGCGAGAGUAUUUAUUUUGCAGUCCCAAUCAGGCCUGAUUAGCUGGAGAGCCAUUAGCGCUGCGAUGAAAAGCAUCUCCCAGGCCGGGUCCAGAACGGUCAGGAGCCCUGCCCUCCAGCUCUUCAUCAGAGAGACAUUUCCGCUGCACCGAGGAGUCCAUCAACUUCCACAGCCUAAAAAAGUUUAAGUUCAAAAGUUUCAUUAGGAGGAGGAUGGAGUGUCAGAGGACAAGGGAAAUUUGUUUUGGGAGCUUAUCGUCUUUGGCUUGGUGUCAGGCUGCAACUACAGCGAGACUUCCUUGAAGAACCAUAAGGCUCUUGUGUGGUUUGGACAAACGUAUGAAAUGAAAUUGGAGCAUGAUGACUGAGGGGCUUGCUCAUUGCAAAGCUCUACAAAUAAAAUAAUAUUUUCACA